AUGGCGGGUUGUUCACUUGAUGGCCUGGCGGUGGAAUGGGAGGCAACCCCUGAGAUCCGCAACAGCUUGCGCGAGGGCAAGCCACUCAUCCACGAGGUCAGUGAGAAGCAGGUGGACAUCCAGCUGCCGAGCAAGUUCAGCAUGCUGAUCAGGCCCAUCCUUGUCAGGAUGAACGAAGCUAACAAGAAGAUGCCCGGAGUGGACGCUCUCCGGGUGGAGAUCAAGUCAGUGCUUGAUCUCACGAAGCGGUUGUCUAACGAUGAAGGCGAGAUCGACAAGUAUUCUUGGCUCAUCCGCAAGCAGCUCUCCUUUAUCAAGGCAAAGUGCCGCCGUAGGGAAGUAUCCACCGCCGUGGACGACGAUGAAGAUGCUUACGAUGAUGACGACACCUUGGAAGAGGGCGAAGAGCCGGCAGACCCGUCGUCCAGCGCGGGCACGGGUGGCUCAGCAGGAGAUGCUGAGGACGUCAAUGCAGAAGCUGGUGGUGCUGGCUGCGAAGAUCUUCAUAACUUGAUGAAUGAGUUUAAUGAUUUUCAUUGCCAUGUAAGUUCUGCUGCUUCUGCUGGGGCAGAUACGAGGCCAAGUGAGGAACCGAUUUUUCCCAGCGGUACAAUCGUCGUUGAUGAUGAAGCUGAUGACUUGGCUGCGCCAGGGUGUAGCCAGGACGAUGGGGUCUCAGCCGCUGUUGUGCUUGAAACCAACGGCCCAACGGAGUUGGGCUCCGCCGUGGUAGCCGAAGCUGCCGGCUCCGGUACGGAAGCCAAAGCUUCCGAUGAGGAGGCGGGGAAGAAGCCAGGUGUAUCCGAGAGAGCCCUGAAGCUUGCACGAUUGGCUGAGUUGAAGCAACGCAUCGAGCAGUUCCUGCCUUGGCUGAAGGGUCAAAAGCAAGCUUGUCGAAGUGCUGGUUCCGUUUCAACUGAAGGACCUUCCGAGGUUUCGGCCGGCAUCGCGAGCGUGCCCGGUUCUACGGGACUGGUGGUGCUUGAUGACCAGGAGACCCUCCCCCACAACAUCUUCGAGGCCGAGAGCCCGCCACCCUCUUCAGAGCCUCCCUCAAGCAAGCGCAAGGAGACCAGCGAGGUCACUGCUGCUGAGCUUCGUGAGGACUAUCAGUUAAGGCAGUGCAAGACAAAGAAGAUGAAGUCGCCUGGAUCCGCCAAGGGUGCCCGACUGCCGUACAACCCAUAUUCGCCAGAGGUCUUGGAUGCAAAAGCGAAGGGGUCCAAGGAUCCUUUCACCCCAGAUGAGAAGGUUACCACAUCCGAUGUUGGCCGUGUGGAUCAGUUGGCUGUGCGUGCUGCGAAGAAGGCGGAGGACAAGCGUGGGGCGAAGAAGAAGGGUGGCGGUGACAAGAACGAGAGCAACAAGAACAAAAAGCCUGAGGGUGAGUUUGAGGAUACGUGGGGAGGCUACACCGCCGAAGAGUGGGAGCACUGGCUUGACUAUGGCGACGAUGACGGCGGUCAUUGGGAUGGUGACGCCGAGCCCGAGCCCGCAGCCCCCGUGAAGGGCAAGAAGCGCAAAGCUGAGUCAUCGCUUGAGGAUGAUGACUCGAAGCCCAAGAAGGCCGGUCGCCCAAAGGCCAAAGCCAAGGCCAAAGCAUCCCCCAAGGCGAAAGGCAAGGCGAAAGCAAAAGCUUCCGCCAAGAAGGAUGCAAAGGCCCUCGCAAAGGCCGCAGAGCCCGAGCCCGUGGAGCCUGAGGAUCAUGACGGCGACGAGGACGCCGAGAAGGUCUCGACAUUCGCUCGGCGGUACAGGCCAGAGAAAAGACAGAUGGCUAUGGCCAAGUUCGACGCCAUCCGGGAGGCCUUCAUGACGAUCGUGCGCCCCAAGCUCAAGUCGACGUGCCCAAGCUCGUUCGAGGAGAUUGGGAAUAAUAGGGCCGGGGAAUUCGGCUUGUCACCUUUUAAAAGGGUUGUUGUGCGUAUCAUUGUGUGCGUCUCAGAGGAUCCCUUUUGGACCCACUGUGUGGCAGAGUUCAAGAAGUGGAAUAUCGACAUUGAUACGGUGCAGGCAGCAUGUGAGACUGCUGCGGAGAGCUUUGUCAAGAAGAUUUCGAAGGAGAAGAAGAACAAGUGA